AUGUGUGCAAGGGAUAAAUAUGAACACUCUGUGAGUUUCACACAGCAAGAAAAACAUAUUAAACAACUGGCAGUCUUAGCUUAUGAAAGUGCAGAAGGCCCUGGUGACGUGGUUGGGUGUAAAGCUCUAUUUGUAGUCCUCACUUUAAGUUUAUUAGCUAUUUGCCAAAUCUGUGUUACACGAAAGCAUAACAUCUUUGCAUGCACGUCAUCAGACUGUAGUAAGAUUAUAAGUAAGAAAAUAUUGUGCAAACAAUUCAAAACAUUCUCAUCGCCAAUGCAUGUCAGACGUAUGGAGAGCAGAAACGUGAUGUCGAUGUUUUUCUUCAUAUCAUUUGCUAUUUUUAUCAAAGUGUGUUUGAGUACUCGUUUAUCCUGCCUGCGGGAUGAUAUAAAGAUUCAUGAAGUAGCAAGGGACAAAAAGUUGAAUGUUGCGCCAUAUGUAACAAAAACUGUUUCAAACGAAAAUGACUGUUUAGUUGUGUGUUUGUAUGAUGACUAUUGUUUGUCAUACAACGUCAAUAUGACUAGUAAAAAUGUCAAGUGUCAAUUAUUUUCGAAAAUAGUUGGAGCAACAAAGCUAACUCCAAGAAAAGGUUUCAAAUAUUUUAGAGUAAUUUCCUACCAUCGUUGCAUACCUGUCAAGAAUUCUUCUCCCAAGAUUUGUGAUUGUCGACCAGUGGCUAAAAGAGAUGCUAAAAGAGAUUGUUUGGAAUGGAGAGAAAACGGUGCAAAGGAAGAUGGAUUGUACAAUAUUAAUGUGGGUAAUAAAACUGUGGAAGUGUUGUGUGACAUGACAACAGACGGAGGAGGGUGGACAGUGAUUCAAAAGCGACAGAGAUCAACUAAUCCUGUGAAUUUUAGCACAACAUGGGACGAGUACAAGCAAGGAUUUGGUAAUUUUACGACCGAAUUUUGGCUUGGAAAUGAUUAUAUACAUAACUUAACAACCCAGGGAGACAUCACCCUCAGAAUCCAUUCUACUGCUGAAAAUAACAUGACAAAGAUUUCGAUUCUAACACAUUUCAGAGUUGCUGACGAAAAGGAGUUUUAUCAAGUGACUUACAAAAACAGCACAGGACCUUCUUUAGAUGGAUGGAAGUCAAGAUUUAAUCGGAGUAUUUUCUCCACAUUUGAUAGCGACAAAGAUAAUAGAGAUGACCGCAACUGUGCGGCAGUAUUCAACGCUGGUUUUUGGUUUGACAGAUGUUCUGGUACAAACCUGAAUGGUCCAUAUAUGCCGCAUGACAAAGAUUUUGGAUUUUUUUGGAGAAAAUGGAAUAAACCAACUGAUGAAGACACAUACCAAUUAAAAGCAACAACGAUAAUGAUACGAAGAAACGCAAAAUCGAAUUGAAGGAUUCAUGUUUGAAAGUAGACUCACUUAUAAACACAGAAAAAAGGACGGUGGAUUGUGCCAGUGUGGAUGAGGCAUAACAGCAUUAAAAACAUUGAACAACUUAUUUGUAAAAAUUAUUUUCAAAAUGGAUGUUUACGUUGCAGUUAAUUUUUUCAAAUUAGAAUUCGUGGAAUCUUUGUAUAUCAUUUAUCAAAUUGUAGAUUUGAAACUCUAUUCUCCCUUUUUAUAGUUUUUCUUAGUCGAUGUAGAAGAAGUUUUAGUGUUCUUAUUUAUGUGUUGUCAAUAGUUUAGUGUGUCUCGGGUCUUACUGUAAUUAUUAUUAAUUUAGUGUAAAUCGGCUUUUAUAUCAAUAAGCAAAUACAAAAAUCAUGUGAUUAAAGAUGGUGUUACAGAAAUAGCUAGUCACAUGUCAAUUAGCUUUCGAACCGUUAGGUCUUUCUUUUUGUUCCUAAUUAUAUUUAAAAUUUCUAUAUAAAAAUGUAAAUAUUGUAUCAUAGUAUCGCAAUUUUGAUUAAUAUUUAGGUUGAAGCGAAGCAAACUGUACGAUAAUCUUAAAGCAUACCUCCCGCGAAUAUUAUUUCAUAUGACAGAGGUUGAAAAAUUGUCUAAAAUUUAAAUAUUUUGUUUGAAAAAUCUUAAGAUCUUAGACUUAGAAGUUUCGCUAAUUAUGCAUGACAUCAUAAUCUAGCUCUGAGUAAAUAUUGUAUAUGACAGUUUUGGCAAAGCAUAGGUUUAAAAAUUGUUUUUAUGGCCAAUCAAAUUGGAAUAUUUGACAUAAAUUUUAAUAUCAAUUUACUAUAAUUAUAACUAGUUCUUGACGUCGUAAUGUCGCAUAAUUAACGAAACUUUGAAAAAGUAUAUCUUGAAAACUAAGAAGGACUUUUUAAAAGAUUAAA